AUGUUAAAGGAUGAUGGGAAUAAAGAAAGGCCACAAGGGCAAGGAAGAAGAAAAAUCAAUAUAGAAAAAAUAGUGGAUAAAAGUAAGCAACAAGUUACAUUUUGUAAGAGAAGGAAAGGAAUUUUCACUAAAGCUAGUGAAUUAUGCACAUUAUGUAAUGCAGAAAUUGCUAUUCUUACCUUCUCCAGCGCCGGCAAAAUCUUCUCCUUCGGCCAUCCUAAUGCUGAUCAGGUUGUCAAUCGGUACGUCCAUCAAACUAAAUCGGAGUCGGAGUCGGAGUCGGAGUCAGAGUCAGAGUUUAGCGAAUGUGUUAGCAAAGAUGGGGAGUUAUGGUGGGAAAAGCCAAUUGAGUGUUUAGGGUUGGAAGAGCUUAAGACUUAUAAAGCAUCUUUGGAAGAGUUAAGGAAUAAUGUGGCAAAUAAAGUUAAUGAGUUGAUUAAAAAUAAAAAUAAUAAUAAUAAUACUCAUAAUGAUGGUUGUGAUUUAGAGCUUAGAAUAUAA